AUUGGCCCAUCCCAUACGCACAACUGCCAAAUCGUCGCGCCAGGCCACCAGACCUUCGACCGCCGACCUGCUAUUUUCAGUGUAUACGCAUUCGAUACAGAAGUUUUAUAAAAAACUAGAAUUUUUUGUAUCCCCGGGUCUCUUGAACACCAAAUAUCCAUGUCUCGAUGAACAAUGGUCACGAGAGCGUCACUGAGAGUCGACUUUUCUUCCCUCCGCCUCUCGACAGAAGGCAGCUCUCCUCUGUUCUCCUAACGCCUGUAUUUCAAGAUGCAGACCGUUCCGAGUCUCAUUGGAGCCGGUACUGCGGUUGCCACCGCGGCAACGGGUCUGGCACUUGGUGAACUGACAGAUGAGCAGCCUCAGCGCCCAAACACGAGCAAGAGAAGGUCAAUGAUAACCGACAGAGACUUCCUAAGCGUGUUUUCAUCUCGACCUGGGACAACGAGCUCCGCCAUCCCUGCUACCUUUAAUAAUGACUUUAUGCAAGACUCGAGCCAACAAUCCUCAUUAUUGAGUACGACGAACCGAUCGCGAAAUCCUCGACAUUCUUCACACACCCAAAUAAUACAUUCCAAGUCUUCCUUCGCGAGACACUCAUCUACUAGACAAGGCGAAUUUGCACCUGCGACGCCUAUCGUCGAAGAUUCACGAGAUUCCCUGUCCUCGAACGGUUCUUGGAUACGAAGAUUAUCUAUACGACCGCUCUCCCAGCACGGAAGCUUUAGGUCGAGCGUCGGCCCCGACUCGCCAUCUAUAACCUUUUCCCACGGCUCUGCGGCGCCGAUUCUGUCGCCUGUGGGACAUCCACCUCCUCAACCACCUCGGAAUAAACUGGUCAAGCGUGCAUCGGCUGUCAACGGUGGAAAUACGGGUCCUUUAGUGCGGCGAGGGUCAAAAACACAGAUGACGCUGCGCAGACCGGCUACGAGUCACCAGCGAUCCGCUACAUUACAUCAACAGAUCAACAGCGAAACCUUACAGCCGUUACCAGAUAUAACCCUUGACCAGUGUAGUCGUCCUAGGGCCCAGACGCUGACCAGUCCAGUUGAGCCUAAUUUCGGUGCCAACAAUAGGCCAUCGAGGUGGAAGUCGUUUUGGCAUUCUCGAAUAUUUCGAAGCCCGGCUAAAUUAUCGCCGCUGAGAGGUAACGACGGCGCUGGUGCACCCGGUAUAAAGCGAAUCUGUGUAGAUCAACAAACUCGUCGACGAGUCUACUUAGUGGCGCCAGAGUCUCUCGCCAUAGGUUCAUCCACUUUGGAGGUUCCAACCGGUGACCUUCCUGCAUCAGAGAACCAGUCUAACACCGACAGCAGUCCGCAGUCCUCGACCAAGUCCUCAGAGUCCCCCGAAGGCACGCCCGCUAAACAACCUCGACGCUCUAUUUCGAUGCACUUCAGUCCAACUUCGAACUGGAUACCGAAGACUGGGAGUAUACGACGACGUAAGCGUGGGGAGACUGUGGGUGAAACUAAACGGCACGUGUCUGCCCCAGCCGCAACAGGCACGGACUCCUCAGCUUUCUCCGAUAUGGCUGGUCAUGGAGAGCUUUCGAAGGAUGCCGAAGACCUGGAUCACUCCGGCACAGAGUUACCUGUUGCACUUCAGCCAGCAAUCCGCAAGCGAAAUAUUUCGUCUCCUCUGCCGCCCAUAACAAGGCUUUCGAGUUUCCAUAUUGAUUUGAAUAAAUUCGGCUCAUUGUCACCAGACCUGCAGUCCCAAUUUAGCGAAUCAGCAACCAAUACAGCGAUAACCCCAAGAACUGUUUCUAAUACAUCACAGGCUCGGACAUUGGAACGGGCCUCUACAACUGGUAGCUCUGAAUACCAUCGCGGCUUUACAUCUGGUGAUGAUGACGACACAGAUUUUAAGACGGAUACGCCAUUUGACUCGAUACGGACGGCAGCAUCAGGAUGCCAAAGAGGCGUCGAUAGCCCAUUAGAGUUAAUGUUUGACGAGUCGCCCCCAAGUACUACUAGCCAUAACAGCAAACCGAAACGAUUGUCGAUCCAAGAUAUUCUAGGUCCGUCUUUUAAUGGCGGGAAUAAGAUUAUGGAGGAGGAUGAGAGCAUUUCUACGCCUGUUCGGGGAGUAUAUAGUGCAGCCGAAUCACGAUUUCUUGCAGCGGAUAUUGAAAGCCGGGAUGGUUUUGACUCUAUGCCAGCUUCUCCCAAUUUCACUACACGCAGAGAUCUUUCUCGAUUUUCGCUAGACGACGAUGACGACCUGGACUGGAACAAGGAGGAGGAUAAUGGAAUAUAUAACCACCUAUCUCCUCCCAGUUCCAUGAAUUCUAGAAAAGGUGGCCCAAAUGCUCGAACUGCAUUGUCCAAUAUCAACGGCAAUGCGAGGCCCAAGGCACGGAUCGAUUCCACGAGCGAACGACCUAGGAGCACCGUUUUUGACUGGGCUGAGCCUGUGGCCCAUGAGAAGCACGACGGUAUUGGUAAUCACAUGAGACCAAAAACCGUUCAUGGUAAGCAGGAAAUCGAUAUUAGAGGCGGGCGUACUGCGAGCCGUAGGGGUCCUACUCCCGCUCAUGUGAGAAGUCAAAGUGUUCCCCUCGUUCCGGAAUUGUUUGAGACCGCGACCUCGACUCCUAAGUUUGGAACCUGGGGGCUAGGCCAGAAGAACGCGAGCGAAGACUGGGAUGAUGACUUUGAAUUUGAGGAAGAAGAUAUCGAUGGAUUACUUGUCGGGAAAAACGAAGAGUCGAAGGUCUCAAUGGUUGUGCCUGCGUCGAUCCAGGCUACACAGCCUACAAUCAAGGCUCACUCUGGACAGAUCAGGGAGCUUUCGCUUCUAGUUAACGAUCUAAAGCGAUUGUGUCGACUUGGUCGUGACAUGGACAUGCUUGGUGGAUCGUCUGUAAAGCUUUGGCGAGAGGCUGAGGGCAUCAUUGCCCUAGCGUCGCCCGACGAAGAUCCAGCAGAGGUUGCCGAUUUUAAACCCGAUUCUUCUAGCACGCCUACGCGAUUCGUCGACCAGGACUUUGAAGGGGCUAUGCAUGAUUCAAACGGACCUGCUAGGGUAACAGAGAGCCAACGGAAUGCGGUCGUUCGCGAUCGUCCUGCUGGCCGCCGUCGAUCUGUCUUCUCACCAGAGGAUGAUAUCUUCGGCACUUGGGAUCACGCAGAUGAGCCGGUCCCUGAUCGACCGAAGACCCCCGAGAACCAAGUCGUCAGCCCCGAAUUCGGAUCGACCAGUGUUGCUAGAUCUGUUAUGGAAUCUAUGCAGCCUCGACAUUCAAGGACGAACCUGGGCCGCGAGUCAUCUGGAAAACUGAACUUUGAUACGAACAGUCUCAAAGAGCUGGUCAGGCGUGCGAGCGAUUUGAGAGAUGGUUUAUCCGAUAUCGUUCGCAAAGCAGAUCACCUUACUCAGAGCCCUGUACGAACUCCGAAGCACACAAGGCCAGACGGAAGCCCUGCAUUUACGCGAGUUUUUGACGACCCGACGUCUAGUCCUUCGAGGCGGAUACCCCAUAGCCAAAGCAGCAGCUCGAUUCUUAGCAGCGGCUCAGUUGGGGCGUCUCCGUCUAAUGGACUAAACCAGCGCAUGCAGAUGAUGACGGUUAGCUAAAAAGCCCGUACUAAGAGUUCGCUCAUUCGACAAACUCCCCGAUCCUCCCCAUUCUCGAGCCCUCGUGGUCUAAUUACAAUGGGGAACUGUGUAUAUGUGAAGACGCAUGUCUGAUUUGCAUAGCGUAUGGUCGGUUAUCAGUUUUUCU